AUGUUAGUGGAGAAGUCCAUCCAUGUCAGCUUGCUGAGUGGCCGCAGCCUAACUGUGAAAGUGCAUCCAGAGCUGCUGGUGCUGGACCUCAUCCAUCAGGCCGAGGACGAGUUCAAUUUGCACAUCUCGGCCGUGCUGAAUCAGACUGGCGAGAAACUACUGGGGAGCUCCACCCUGCGAGCUGCCCAGUUGUCUGAUGGGGACACAGUCACCGCCUGUAUCAGCCCGCUUCCUGCGGUGGCUGGCUGUCGCUGGGAAGGUCGCGCCUUUGCGGCGAUCCAGCCACCCGGAAUGGUUCUGGCCUGGGGCUCCAGCUCACACGGAGGCAACGGUGAUGAAGUUGCAGAUCAUCUUCAUUCAGUGCGGCAGAUCCAACGCACCACGGGAGCCUUUGCGGCGCUGCGGAAGGACGGGCGCGUCGUCACAUGGGGAAGCAAGUUCUGCGGAGGUCACAGUGAGGCUGUCCAAGAUGAGCUACGCGAUGUGCGGCGGAUUCAAGCCACCAACGCUGCUUUUGCGGCAAUCCGGCAAGAUGGGCAUGUAGUGACCUGGGGCUACGAAUACUUUGGCGGUGACAGUGGUAACGUGACUGACCGCUUGCAUGGCGUAGCAGAGAUUGCAGCGUCUUCGGGAGCCUUUGCCGCAAUCCUUCAGGGCUCUGGACGCGUGGUGGCAUGGGGCGCAGUGGAUUCUGGAGGCGACACCACGAAAGUUCAACAGGAACUGGUAGAUGUGCAGCAAAUCCAAGCCACUGCCUGCGCCUUUGCCGCCAUCCGAAGAGAUGGAUCUGUGGUGACCUGGGGGGAUCCAUCCUCUGGGGGAGAUAGCAGUGCGGUGCGCCAGCAGCUACAAGGGGUUCAAGAGAUUCAGGCAUCCAACAAUGCCUUUGCAGCGAUUUGCAAGGAUGGAACUGUGGUCUCUUGGGGCGCCAAGGAAACUGGAGGCGACCAGAGAACGGUCCAAGACCAGUUGCAAGAUGUCCAAGAGAUCCAGGCCACCCGCUACGCUUUCGCGGCCAUCUGCGGCGCGACGCGUCGAGUUGUGACCUGGGGCGCCUCGCGGCAUGGCGGGGAGGGCCCCGGGGCGCUGCGAGGGGUUCGACAGAUCCAGAGCUCCAAGGGCGCUUUUGCGGCGAUUCUAGAGGAUGGAGGAGUGAUGACCUGGGGACAUGCACGCCAUGGCGGCGACAGCAGCAAUGUGCAGCAUCAACUGUACGGAGUGCAACAAAUCCAAGCAUCGAGCCGUGCGUUUGCCGCUCUAAGGGAUGAUGGGCGAAUUGUGACGUGGGGAAAUCAUCAUGAAGGUGGUGACAGCAGCUACGUUCAGGAUCAGUUGUAUGGAGUGCAAGCCAUCCAGUCGUCCUUUCGUGCUUUCGUUGCCAUUUGUGAUGAUGGACGACUUGUAAGCUGGGGCCAAGCUGACGCGGGCGGCCAAUGCCCAGUGAGAUUUGGAUAUCCUUAG